UAAAAGUUUUUUUUCGCCUAUGAUUAAGCUUAUAUUAAAUUUUUCUUUUGCUAGCAUUUAAAACCUUGCGCACUCAAUGUAAAGUUAACCAAGGCAAAAGAACAGAAUUUCUUUAUACUACUAGUUUUAGGUAAUCAUAUAUCUAAAGUAAAGAUAUUUCAUUUUCAUGGCAAUAUUGUUUUCCUCAAAUGUUCGUGGCGUAUUCCAAGAAGGAAUAUGUAUAUUUGGAGCUAACGACGUUUGGUGAUGUAGUGUUUGCACUCAUUCAAAAUAUUUCCAUUUGAUUUGCAAAGUGAAAGACGCUAAAUUAUAUAAAGAUAUUUAUAUAUAUGCACAUAUAUAUAUAUAUAUAUAUUACAUUUUGAUUUCGAAAAUAAUCUAUCGGUAAAAAUGUUUUUUUUAUCGAUUAUUGACACCGUAACCGUAACAUUCAGUUUAUUUAUCGUGUUUUUAAUCACUUUAUCAGCCAUCAAUAAGUCUAUAAAAGCGCGGCGAGCAUAUGUCAAUUUGUUACUUAGAGUGUUUGAGUAUGGACGUGUAAGUGAAGGUAAACUGAAUUUAAAUAUAAAUUCGCGGAGCCGUAGUAAGUCUCAUCAACUUACGGAAGAUGCAAACAAAUCAGAAAAAUUAGUAGCUGUAAAUGGGAAUACUUUGAUUAAUAGAGAUAACGUACUUUUACCAACGUUAACUGAAAAUACCUUGGAUAAGGAGAAAUUUACAGCUACCAUUAAAGAUGAAAAAAUUAGCUUUAAUUUCGAAGAGUGCCUGGAUUAUAUCAAAGCAGGUGUAGAGGCUAUAAUCGAAGAUGAAGUCACAUCCCGCUUCGAAGCUGAACAAUUGAGAAGUUGGAAUUUGCUUGCACGCACAAAUCGUCGUUAUGAAUUUAUUAAUUGGAAGAUAACGUUAAUUUGGGUGAUAGGAUUUACUGUUCGUUAUUCAAUUUUAAUGCCCUUACGAGUAUUCGUUUGCUUCGUAGGCGUAAUAUGGUUAACAAUUUGCACAGCGAUUGUAGGUUAUAUGCCUGAAGGGGAAAGUAAACGUCAGUUAGUGAACGAUAUUCUCAAACAUUGUUUCUCAGUCUUAUCGAGUGCCAUUUCGGCGGUAAUUAAUUAUCAUAAUGAGGAGAAUCGCCCCAACACCGGCAUUUGUGUCGCCAAUCAUACAAGCCCUAUUGACGCAUUGGUAUUAAUGUGCGAUACAACAUAUUCUUUGAUUGGUCAAAGGCAUGGAGGGUUUUUGGGUAUUUUACAAAGAGCAUUGGCGAGAGCUUCUCCUCAUAUUUGGUUUGAACGAGCUGAAGCCAAAGAUCGACAUGCAGUUGCGGAGCGAUUAAAACAGCACGUAUCGAAUCCCAACAAUCCUCCUAUUCUUAUAUUUCCGGAGGGUACAUGUAUAAAUAACACAUCCGUUAUGCAAUUUAAAAAAGGCAGUUUUGAAGUUGGUGGUGUUAUCUAUCCUGUAGCUAUUAAAUAUGACCCACGUUUCGGUGAUGCUUUCUGGAAUAGUUCCAGAUAUUCUAUGCUUCAGUAUUUAUAUAUGAUGAUGACAUCUUGGGCAAUUGUCUGUGAUGUUUGGUAUUUACCGCCGAUGUAUCGUCAAAAAGAAGAGUCUGCUAUUGAUUUCGCGAAUCGAGUAAAAGGUGUCAUUGCCAAGCAAGGCGGACUUGUGGAUUUAGUCUGGGAUGGGCAACUGAAACGAAUGAAGCCUAAAAAGGAGUGGAAAGAAAUGCAACAAGUAGAGUUCAUAAAACGCCUUAAAGCAGACUAAUUAAAGCAUGCUGAUAAUUUCAUUAUGUAAUUUAUUUUAUCACAUUUUCAACUUAAUUAAUUAAGUAAAAACAAUUUUUAAACAAAACGAGAAUAUUUGCUAACAUUUUUUAGAUCCAUAUAAACGUAGCCAAUUAAUGGGAGUAAGUUUUCGGUUUUAUAAUAUAAAAUUUAGACUUACAAAUUAUAUAGAAAUUAGUGAGAAUUAAUUAACUAAUCUAAUCAAAUAAUUACACAUUUUUUUAUUAUAGCAUUUUAAAUGUU